UAUAGACUUGCAUCCAUCUGAAUCGACACGGGUACACGCUGGAAUGAAAGCCUUGGCAACUUCUUUCUGCAAGGUUCUGGCAUAUAAGACCUGGAAGUGACGGAUACCGCCGGUUGUAUAGCAAGAACUCUUUUUCCCCGGCGAGAAAUAGCGAAACGUGGACAAGAUGGGUGGCGGAGACCUUAAUAUGAAAAAGAGCUGGCACCCGCUCUUGAUGGUGAAUCAAGAACGGGUAUGGAAGCAAGAGAAAAAAGCAUUUGAAGAGCGCAAGAAACUGGAGGAGUUGCGGAGAGAGCGUGACCAAGAGCGCGAGAUGCAGGAGCUGCAACGCCUGCAGGAAGAAGCAGGUGGGAAAAAGCGACAAGAAAAGGUUGAUUGGAUGUACGCAACACCAUCGACAGGCGGAGGUCCCAGCGCUGGUGACUUGGAGGACUACCUGCUGGGAAAGAAGCGGGUGGACAAGCUGCUGCGCGCCGAUGAAGGACAACACUUGUCCAAGGCAAGUGGAGAGGAGACCUUCAUGGCGAUUCAGAACGCCAACACUGCGCAAGACUUGGCUGCAAAAGUGCGAGAGGACCCGCUGGUUACCAUCAAGCGGCAGGAGCAAGCAGCUUACGAGGCACUUCUCAGAGAUCCCACGCGAUUGCGUGAGCUGCGCAAAGCCAAUGGGCUGGACACGGGCGAGGACAAGGAGGCACGCAGAAGGCGGAAAGAGGAGAAGCGCAGAGCCAAGGAGGAGCGGCGUGCAAGUCGGCAUGCGCAAAGCAAAGGCAGGGGGUCAAGCAUGAGCAGAAGUCUCAGUCCCAGAAGGAGUUGCAGCCCCGCGCGCAGGGAUCGUGACGAAUCGCGACGCCACAAUGACUAUUAUGAGCGUCUACCAAAGACUCGAAGUCCCGCGGAGUGCAGAUACAGAGAUCAAGAAUCACGUUAUACAUCUCGUGAUCGAGAUCAUUCCUCCAGCCGCUCGUACGAGUAUAGGCGCGCAGACCGCCGGGAGGCGCCAUAUCGCAGAGAAGGCACGGGUGAUCACCAGCCUCUGCUGGCAAGGCCGCCACAGUCUUCGCGCGCAGAGUACAGGGUAAGCCCUUCUGAUGCUGGACCUUCAUCGCGCUCGAGGUGGCCAGAAACUGGCGACCCGCGGCAUCCGCGGUCCACAAGCCGUGACCAGGGUCGGCCUUCAAUCGAAUCUUCGAGUUCUACGACUAGACCUCCCGCAAGUUCUUCAGCAGCAGGGGAAGAUGCGGCAGCGAAGCUCGCGCGGAUGAUGGGCAAUGCAGUUGCGGUACAGUCAGAGCGAACGGCCUUGCUCUCCCGAGUCGAAGCGGAGGAGGCUGCGGAGCGGGCACAACAGGAGGCCGAUCAAGAGAAAGCUCGCAAGCGGUAUGGCACGCAUGCAUGCAGUGAUGCGCCGAAGGCGGACUUUUUGAUUGAUCAGCAGCGCAAGAUGGUGGGUGGCAGUAAUAUCGACCUGGGCGAAAGGCUGGCACGAGGGAGACAGGGGCUGCAACGUAUCGAGGCAGACUGAACGAUAGUAGUACUGUAGCAUCCACAUCAAGUGAUUUUAUAUCAUUCGCCUCG